AUGCCUUCCAUCACGUACCAAUACUUGCCCGGCCCAGUCGGAGACUGUCUCAAGCCUUCAUCUCUUGCAACAACUGCUACCAUUCCGUUAUCACCAACAACCAGUCUUGUCGUCACCACAGGUCACCUCGGUCUAGACCUAGAGACAGGCGAGCUUAUCAACAGCUCUCCAGAGGCGGAGUUUAAUGCUAUUUUCUCUUGCCUCGAUGCCGCUCUCAAGAACGCUGGCAUUGCUGAAGGCUUACUUCAGGCAUAUAAGUUCGUGAGCUAUUUGGCUCACGCCGAAGACGAGUCCUUGAUGCUCCGAGUAUUUCAGCAGCGAUUCCCGGGUCAUACCCCCACUUGGUCCACUGUUAUUGUGAAAGAAAUCAAUGUAUCUAGUAUGCGAGCUGAAAUCGCAGCGCAAGGGGUGUUGUUCUCCCACUGA